UGCGUACUACUGUUAGCUACAUCAGUCGUGUGACUGCGACGGCUGCUUCUUCCCCUUGUGUUUAUGUGUGAAUUCUUUAGUAAAUGUAACUAGGUACUUGAAACCAAGAAGCUGCUUGGGGAUUUGUUUCAGCGAUAGAAGCUAUGAUGGAGUUUCAGCAUUGAAUAUCUGGGCGCGGCGCUUUACUUUCAAAGAAAGGGAAUUGAGCUUUGGCGGCGGUGGAGGACAUUUUUCGCCUUUUGUAUUUCCUUGCCUGUUGUGGACAUUUUGGAUAUCUGUUAAUUUUCUUUUAGAAGUGUUUUCAACUCCUGUAGCGCCUACGUUUUAUGGCGCUGAUUUUAGGUUUUUAAGACUAUUUAACAGAGUGCUUAGCUCAGUGGGAAUUAAUCUGUUCCGCCAAGAAAACUUAUGACGAUUUGUCAACUUUCGAGGGGGUUGGUGUGAGUAAAAGAAUGCGUUAGCUAAUCAGCUAGCUUUUUUGGCUAGCCAGGUCUCUGGGUAUCUCAGUGGUAAGGCUACUGAAGGCUUGGGGGCUUGCUAGCUGACUUGUGAGCUGGGAUGCGUUUUUGCCAGUCACCUGAAACAACCAAUUGUUAAGGAUUCUAAAACGGUUUUGCUGUAGAUGAGAAGAGGCAGUUGGAAACCUGUUCAGUAAGAUAAGCCCUCGUGUUGCUAUUGGAUCUCUCUUCUGCCACAAAGUGGGAUCCAGGGACCCGGGCCAUAAAUGACAAGUGCCUGAGGAUACAGGAUGAGCACUAAACGGAGUCUGUUUGUGCGGCUGGUGCCAUGUCGCUGUCUGCGAGGAGAGGAGGAGACAGUCACCUCUUUGGACUAUUCGCACUGUAGCCUGGAACAGGUGCCCAAGGAGAUCUUCAGCUUUGAGAAGACCUUGGAGGAGCUCUACCUGGAUGCCAACCAGAUUGAGGAACUGCCCAAACAACUGUUCAACUGUCAGUUGCUCCACCGACUGAGUCUGCCAGACAACGACCUCACAGUUUUGCCACCGGCCAUUGCAAACCUCAUCAAUCUCAGGGAGCUUGACGUCAGCAAGAACAGCAUUCAAGAGUUUCCAGAAAAUAUCAAGAACUGCAAAGUCUUGGCCAUUGUUGAAGCAAGUGUGAAUCCCAUUUCCAAGCUCCCUGAGGGCUUCACCCAGCUCCUCAGUCUGACCCAGCUCUACCUGAACGAUGCCUUCCUCGAGUUCCUACCUGCCAGCUUUGGCAGGUUAACGAAGCUGCAGAUUUUGGAGCUUCGAGAGAACCAGUUAAAGAUGCUGCCAAAAAGCAUGCAUAAAUUGACGCAGCUGGAGCGGCUGGACCUGGGAAGUAACGAGUUCACUGAAGUGCCUGAGGUUUUGGAGCAGCUCACUGGAAUCAAAGAGCUGUGGAUGGAUGGAAACAAACUGACAUUUUUACCAGGGAUGAUUGGGACACUGAAACAGCUCUGCUACUUGGACGUAUCCAAGAACAACGUGGAGAUGGUGGAUGAGCAGAUCUCCGGCUGUGAGAACCUGCAGGACCUGCUCCUGUCCAGCAAUGCACUGACACAGCUGCCUGGCUCUAUAGGAUCACUGAAGAAAUUGACUGCACUGAAAGUGGAUGAGAAUCAGCUCAUGUACCUUCCAGACUCAAUAGGCGGUCUGGCUGCUCUGGAUGAGCUGGACUGCAGUUUUAAUGAGAUUGAGGCUUUGCCGUCAUCCAUCGGCCAGUGUGUCAACCUGCGCACCUUUGCUGCCGACCACAACUUCCUCACCCAGAUACCCGCAGAGAUUGGCAACUUGAAAAAUACCACGGUGCUGUUCCUCCACUCCAAUAAGCUGGAGUCUCUGCCGGAGGACAUGGGUGACAUGCAGAAGCUCAAGGUCAUCAAUCUCAGUGAUAACAAGCUGAAGAACCUUCCCUACAGUUUCACUAAGCUGAACCAGAUGACUGCCAUGUGGCUCUCUGAAAACCAGUCAAAGCCCCUGAUUCCACUGCAGAAGGAGGAGGAUCCAGAGACACACAAGACAGUUCUCACCAACUACAUGUUCCCUCAACAGACCAGAACAGAGGAGUAUGUACCUAAUUCAGACAGCGAGAGCUUUAACCCGUCUCUGUGGGAGGAGCAGCGCAAACAACGGGCACAAGUAGCGUUCGAGUGCGAUGAGGACAAGGAUGAGAGAGAAGCUCCCCCAAGGGAAGGCAAUCUGAAGCGCUACCCAACACCAUACCCCGAUGAACUCAAAAACAUGGUGAAGACUGCCCAGUCGGUCGCCCAUCGGCUCAAGGAGGAUGAGUCGGGCGAUGAGUCAGGCAGAGUUGCCAAGGUCGGCGAGAAGAGCCACAUAGGAGUACAGGACGUUGGAGUGAAGGUCAUUGAGAGUGCCUGUGCUAAUGGCAAAGCCAUCGAGAUGGAGCGCGGUGCAGCAGUGAACAGUGUCCAGAGCUCUACUGCAUCUGAGGCGAAGGACACAACAGAGAACCACAACUCACAGAUGAUUCAGCCUAAGAGCUUAGAGGAUAUUAAGCCAAUGGUUAACCAUGAGGACACACUUGAGGACUCUGAGGAGCUGUCAUCCGAGGAGGAGGAGAUGAAGAUUGCUGAGAUGAGGCCUCCUCUUAUUGAGAUCUCCAUCAACCAACCUAAAGUGGUUGCUCUGAGCAAAGACAAAAAAGAUGACGGUAAAGACGCCGACUCGUUGUUGGACGAGACCGUGGCCAACAGUAAUCAGAACAACAGUAACUGCUCGUCGCCGUCACGCAUGUCUGACUCUGUGUCUGUGACCACAGAUAGCAGUCAAGAAAAUUCUCUGUGUACCCCUGAAAAGGAGGCCAAAAUGCCAUUAGUCCCUAAGAGCAGGCAAGAAGAUGAGAAUCUGAACCAGCUGAGGCAGACGGUACCACUCCUGCAGAACUGUAACGGCUCUGAUACAUCUCUGCAGACCGUACUGAAGAAUAAGCAAAGUUAUGAGACCAAGCCGGAGCAGGUGGCCGGCUACGAGUUCUCCAUGGAGGAGAGGUUGGCUCUGAUUGAGAAAGGCAUCAACAAUGGCAUGACUGACUCCUACAACAAGUGGGACCAGAUAAACAUGAAUGUGGCCAAACUCCCACCCGACAAUAUGGUGGCCUAUGAGGACCUGGAGAGGACUAGGAGCACUUCCACCCGGGACCCAGCCCCUAGCAACAACAAUGCUUCAGCUUCACUGGAGAACUUGGAAAAUGGCAACCAGUUCCCAAAGAUGCCAUCCGGACAGCACCAAAAUGGACGUACAGAGGAUCCCCCUCCAGUGCCAGUCAAGCACGAUAGUGUUCAGACAGCCUCAACAGGCGUGACGGCGUCUAGUGACAUGUCUCUCUCCCGCAGCACGGAGGAGCUGUCGCCGGAGAGGAGGUGUGUGCCUCCCCCAGUUAUGAAGUCUCAGAGCAUUACUAAUGUAGACUGUGGUGGGAUGAAGUUGCACUCCAUUGACAGUGACAACAGUGCUUAUGAGGCCCCAACAGCUGGCAGGAUGCCCGGGCCUAGCGCUCAGGGUCAGAGCAUUGUCCGAUCCAAAUCCGCCUCCUUGCUGAAUGACCAGCCGCUGCAGGUCUAUCCUGGCUCCUCUGCCUCCUCCUCUGACUUACUGUCCAGCUCUAAACUCCCCGUCAGCACCACACGGUUCACCUCAGCCGGGCCCCCACCACAGUAUAACAUUCAGUUCACCAACAGUGCCAUGCCCAAAGACAACCUGUGGACCCAGCGGACGCCCGUUCCCCCAGAUCAGAGCUAUCUCCCUCCACAACAUUCUCUAGCCAACACCAACUACUCCAACCGCAACAAUGCACCACCCUAUCCCCAUCAACCCCAGCAGCGAGGCCCACCCAAAACUCCUGAUAUGUGGGCUAAGGAGCGGAUGCUGCCUCCCGGUGCCCAGAGGAACACCUUGCAGAGACAGGGCAGCAGCUCCUCCAGCAUCUCCAUGGGCAUGCAAGACCCCCGCCGCAUGCAGGGCUACGAGGGCGAUUACAUGACCUACAGGGACAUCCACACGAUGGGGCGUGGACCCCUGCAGAUGAGCCAGGCGAUGCAGAGGCCCCUGUCGGCCCGCACAUACAGCAUCGACGGACCCAAUGCGGCCCGGCCUCAGAGCGCCCGCCCCCAGCCCCACGAGCUGCCUGAGAGGACCAUGUCCGUCAGUGACUUCAACUACCAGCAUGGCAGCCCCAGCAAGAGGCCCAACAUCAGGGUGAAGUCGGAGCACUCACUGCUGGAUGGGCCAGUCGGAGGAGGCAGGGUGCCCGCGGACUGGAGGGACCAGGUCAUGAGACACAUUGAGGCCAAGAAGAUGGAGAAGACCGCGUUGUCUCGGUCCUAUAAUCCAUCUCACAACCUGAGCAGCGUACUGUUUGGCAGCCAGGGCUCUCUGAAUUUUAGCGCCUUAGACGGACGGCAGCAUGCUGACCGCAGCUACUGCGAUGAUGUCUUUGGACCUCAUGGACAGCAGGGCUACCCCAUUGACACUGUUAGAAAAGUGCCUUUGAUGAAUGGUCAGAUGUGCCCUCCGUCACGGCCCCAGAUGACAUGCAGUCAGGCCCCAAUGGCACGCCACCCCUCUAGAGAGCAGCUCAUUGACUACCUGAUGCACAAGGUCUCCCAGCAGCCCCAAGGCCCCCCACGAAUGUCUCAUGAGCCUCUUCAGCAGGAGUUCCAUGUGAAGAUUGAGAAGAACCCAGAGCUGGGGUUCAGUAUAUCAGGAGGCAUUGGAGGGCGAGGAAAUCCAUUUCGUCCAGAAGACAAUGGCAUAUUUGUGACAAGGGUUCAGCCAGAGGGACCCGCUUCAAAGCUGCUCCAGCCCGGGGACAAGAUCAUCCAGGCCAACGGGUACAGCUUUGUGAACAUUGAUCAUGGAAAUGCUGUGUCCCUGCUGAAGACCUUUCCAAACACAGUCGACCUGAUCAUCAUUAGAGAGAUGUCAGCGUAGAGACACGGGGGAAGCGAACAGAAAGCCGAAUGUUCACCUCCUUUUAUUUUUUUACACAGAGAAGCCAGUUCUAUAUAUAACUGAUUGAACUGUAUUUGAGAAAAAAAGGACCAUGGUUCUUUGAUAUAACAGGGCAAAACCACUGUGUUGAGUGGACAAAAAUGGGGCAAACGUCUGGAAAGCAUGCGUCUUACAAAAACAACAAAACAAAAAAAAAACAAACAAAAAAAAAAAGGAAAAGGAAAAAAGGAGCCUUCACUGUGGGACUGUUGCUAUAUUCCAACACAGACUGAAAAAUACUGUGUUUCCUGUACUCCUUCAUCGGCAUAGCGUUCCAGUAGUGUAGCAUUAAGUGUAGUCAAUCCUAGUGGGGGCAGGGCUCCCUGUCUGCCGAUGUCUUUGCCUUUAUUUUUUGAUUAUGUUCAAUGUUUCUUUGAUUUUUUUUUUUUUUUUUUUUUAAUUUAAGACUUUUUUAAAGACCACUCCUUUGACCUGUAUAAGAAGGACAAUGCUGUGUGAUUACUGUGGAGAUGAAUGUAGUUCUGGUGCGUGUGCUUUCUGGACGCUGUUGAAUUUCUUUGUCUGCUGAACUUUGGCGCUCUGAGCUGUUCCUCCUUUUGGUAAGUUAUUAAGGUGAGAGGGGGGAAAAAAAAAAAACCCUUCCACUCGUGGCUAGAAAUCUUCAGUUUGGCCCCACCUGCUUUACAGUAGACACUGUUAUCACUUCAGUCUUCAUCACCACCUCAGUGCCCUCUGAAAUACAGCUGACCCUCAUCUGAGGAAAGAGCCCUUCCCAAGGUCACUACAGUCUGCCCUCCAGCAACAACCCAUAAACCUUCACUUUCCCCAGAGGCUCAGAACAGGACUGCUAGGACAAUAAGUGAAACGCUCAUGGUAUGUGAAAUGGACCGAGACAUGGAGAGGAACUUCUGAGAGGUCCGGUAAAAGUGGAUACUUGAUUAGUUGGGUCCUUUUAUACGUCUUGCGUGGAUAUGCACAGAAACAGAAGGUGAUAUGAGCUAGGUUAACCAAAGCAUUGUGUGGAAACUGUGACCAGGGACUUCUGUUGUACACCAGACAGCGAUGAGCCAGGGCAAAAACAGGACCUGCCCCCCCACCCCCCACCCCAGAGCCACUUCCAUUCACGUCCAUCUCACUCCAAAGGGCUUCAGGCAGCUGUUGCCAUCUCAAAAACAUCCACAGUGCUAAUAUUGGAUGUCAUUUUUUGACAUGGGACAAGAAUAUGGUUUGCCUUCCUGUACAGAUCGAUAUCAUGGAUAUAAUGCAAGGCCUUUUCCUUUAUUUUAAUUUUUUUGAUUAGUUUUUAAUGUGUAUGAGUGUGUGUGUCUGUGUGUGUGUGUGUGUGUGUGUUCUUGGUUUAAUCAUUGGAGAGUUUGGCAAAGGUAGACAGAAGGUUUUGUGAAGUGCCAUAUACUCUGAACCUGUCUGAAAGGGGGAGAAGUUUCAUCCUUUGACCCAAGCAAUAUUCAGUGAUGUACGCCGCAAACAAAAUGUCCUUUCAGGGCUAACUUAUGUGAAACAAUGGUAGAAUAGCAAUAGCAAGAGGUUUUUAUUUUCUGUCUGGAAGUGUGAAAUUGCAUUUUUAAAAACUCAAAAAAAAAAAAACAACAACAACAAAAAAAACAAAAACAAAAAAACAAAAACCCAAACCCUUUAGUACUCCUUGAUUGUGAUACGACAUUUUAUAUUGUUAAUCUUUUCUAAUGAUAACAUAGGAAAUGACAUUUCAGAUAUUUUACAUUUUGCAAAGACAUUCUGGAGUCUGUGUGGAUGUAAUGCUGAAUGGUCUUGUCAUCCUUCCCUGUCAAAUGAGAUGCAGUUUGGAACCUUCAGUGUCGUAACCUUAGUUACUAAUCAUUGAUCUGUCCAGGUACAGCCUCUGAGCUAGUUCCAUGGGAAAUAUAUAUAGAUUUGAUAGAAGCGGCAAAGCUAUAAACUGAGUUUUUGUAUUGAUCAACUGUAAAUUUAAAAGUCUUGUAAAGGCAUAUUUGCCUUGUCUACACAGAAUGACCAACUGUUCAUUGUGGUACUGUAUGUAUUAUUUGCAUGAAAUCACCAUUUAGAUUUGUGUGGUCUGAAAUUGUUGUUCCAGAAGACAACAGAGCUAAAUGAAUGAAAAUUAUUAAAUUAAUUUCCCAUCCUUUUGAAAUGUCAAAGUAUAAUAGAAAGCACUAAUUGUAUUGGUUUUAUGAAAGUACCGUAUAUAUGCUUUGACUAAUUUUAAAAUGAUAUUUUAAAAAAAAAGUGAUUCACAUUUUUUUUUGAUCAUUUUAAUCUGAGUGCUCUGCUGUUCUUAUUUGUACACAACUGAAAAUGGCACUGAGCUGUCACCUGUUAAAGUCAGAUGUGAGGCAGUCUAAUGCCUAACAGCAUUACAUGCCAAUUUUGUCUGUUGUCAUUUUGGCUUUUUAAUAUGUUGCUAAUUUCAGAUAGAACUGCCCGCAGUUUAAAAUGAACUCUUAACAUUCAUUUUUUCAUAUUGUCGGUUUCUGGGCUCCUCAACUUUUAAAAUAACAAAUUUUCCCAGUUCCAAUAUCACAUGAAUGAUUUUUUUUUUUUUUUUUCUGAAAGAUGAUGUGUAUUUUUUGAGUGUUUCUUUUUUUAUAUCCUUCACAUUGUGUCUCAAAUAAGAUCAGUCUAAUGAA